GCCAGUAGUCAGUGCAGGUGUGGAACUAGCCCUUCACUAGCAGGAUAGUGGUAUCGCAUGGGCUCAGAUAGAGUUACAUCAUGAAUAAUUACACACUCACACUGAGAUCAAACUCAGUAAGGCUCAUUUCAGCCUUACACAAGUCACAAAAUGGACAUAGCCGUCCUGCCAAACAACAAUCAUCCAGAGAAAUUCCUGCAGCUAGAUGUGGGAAUGCUGCCGGCUACACAUGGAAUGUUCCAGAUUGGUGCUGCGUUGUCUCACCAAAGCCAGUGGCACAACAGGAUGUACUUGCAGGGAAGGGAGAGAGGAAAGGAAGGAAAGCCACCAGCAGACAGUCAUGUGUUUGAAGACAGAGAGCUGGAGAAACACAUCACUCCUCAAACUCUAAAACCAAAGAUAAAGCAGAAUCCUCUCUAUUCUCACAUCAACAUCAUCCACACGGAGGAGAACAAGUCCAAACCAUCCUGGACCAUUCAGGACUAUGACAGACACACUGCACACAGUCAGCUGGCAGACUAUAUGAAGGAAGACCCAAGAGAGCUGAGCUUCUGGCUGGAAGAUCUCUACACCCCUGGCUAUGAUUCUUUGCUCAAGAAGAAAGCAGCUGAAAUUAAGAGGAACAAAAUUUGUAAAACAUUUGUAUUCAUCAUUCUGUUCGUUUGUGCAGUAGUGAUCAUUAUUACUGUGCCAAUAAUGGUAAAACAAUCAAGAAACUGAUGGACUCCACUUACUCCACUUCUCUUACUUACUCCACUUACUCUAGUCUGCAUCCAUUCCUACGGCAAUCUGACAGUUCAGCUGAACAACAGCAAACACUUCACAUCAUGUAUAUGUCAUAUGGUAUAGAGGGGUGGGUCAAUAUGAUAACUGGUAUACUUUUUUUUUAAUCUAAAUUGCAUUUUGUCUGUUGUUAUUAAUCCACAAGUUUUGUGGUGUAAUAAAAAAGCAAUCCAAAAAAUAUUCUGUUGGGUUAUAAUGUUUAUUACUAUAAUAACGUAGCCAGCUGGGUUAAAAAGUAGUAGUACUGUAGUUUACUGUUGUAGUUUAGGCUUAAAAUUGAUAGGUUAGUACCUUUUGGAAAUAAUCCAUUAACCCAUUAUGAAAUUAAAUUAUAAAUAUUAUUAUUUAAGAAGUGCAAUCUUCAUGUGAAUAGAUGUUCUGUGAGUCUGAAAUGCACACUACUAUGCACACUAGUUAUGCCUCCCACAACAGAAAAAUGAAUGUCUCAAAUGGAUUUCACUGAUACAGCCAUUUAAUCCUUUUGAUAAAUUUGGUAAGGCAAAAUUAUAUUGCUCUCAAAAACGGCUAUUACUGAAACAUACAAUUAAUUAUACAAAGAAAUAUUGGCCUACCGUGCAGUAAUACCGGCUACAAAACAAAACACACAUCCACAAAAGGAGAAACUGAUGUGGGUGAAUAUUCAGUUUGUGCAGUGCUUGCUUUCUUUAUCCAAAAUGAAAUGCAUUAUAUGUAUUUGUCAGAUAAACAGAUUUGAGUUUUAUAUGUAGCAACCAGAAACAUUUUUCAUCCGGUUGUGUGCA